AUGUCUAAAACUGGAACAAAGAUUACUUUCUAUGAAGAUAAAAAAUUUCAAGGCCGCCACUAUGACUGUGACUGCGACUGUACAGAUUUCCACAUGUACCUGAAUCGCUGCAACUCCAUUCGAGUGGAAGGAGGCACCUGGGCUGUCUAUGAAAGGCCCAACUUCGCUGGGUACAUGUACAUCCUACCUCGGGGCGAGUACCCGGAGUACCAGCAUUGGAUGGGCCUCAGCGAUCGCCUGGGCUCCUGCAAGGCUGUCCAUCUGUCUAGUGGAGGCCAGUAUAAGAUUCAGAUCUUUGAGAAAGGUGAUUUUAAUGGUCAGAUGUAUGAAACUACUGAAGACUGUCCUUCCAUCAUGGAGCAGUUCCACAUGCGAGAAAUCCAUUCCUGUAAGGUGCUGGAGGGUGCCUGGAUUUUCUACGAGUUACCCAACUAUCGCGGCAGGCAGUACCUUCUGGACAAGAAGGAGUACCGGAAGCCCAUCGAAUGGGGUGCAGCUUCCCCAGCUGUGCAGUCUUUCCACCGCGUUGUAGAGUAA